CUCUCUCUCACAUCUACUGUUUUUGUUGACUGUCUCACGAUCUGUUGCUCAGAAUGUCUUUAACGCUAGCCAAGGAGUCAGGGAUAUUGGCUUUUUGUCGUGGACUCCCUUAACUAUAUUCCCGCCACAGGUGAGUUGUAUGAAGGAGGGACACAUGCCCCUUAGCUUAGCUUUAUCAUCUGUCACUCUACUUGAACCCCUUGUGACUUUGUAGUCUCCCCACAGUGUUGCAGUCGGACAUAAGAGGUCGAACAACAGCUGCAUGGUUGUCUGCUUUGUUUCAUUUUGACAUUUCAGUGACAAAACAGUACGUCAGCGGCUUCUGGCCCACAGACUCAGCGCAGCGAUCCCAUUUCAAUUAUUUUUUUAUUUUUUUAAGUAAUUACUGUUCAGGCUUGUGUGUUGCAUGGGGGUUGAAGAUACUAACGUCUAGUCUAUUGCAUGAGAUCCUGUAUCCUUGUGCGUCACAGCAUGCCUCCCUUUAGCCUGUAUGAAAAUACGUUCUACUGUCUAUUGGUCAUUUAACAGCAUCACUACAAGAUGUGUUAAAUUCUCAUGUUGUUUCUACUGCGAGUAUUUCAAUCUUCAAUUAUAUUGAAACUUUUACAAUGUUAUGUACAGUACAUGCAUUUUUUUUAAUAUCCCGUGGAAUAAAUGUAGUUUUGGAAUAUCACUUACUGCUGUUCAGGAUGGAAGUCUAAAUAUGUUUCCAGCUAUCCAUGUUGUGAUAUGUAGUAAUUGUAGAACAAGAGUAUCUCACCUGAGCAUGACACAGCCUCUCAAAGGAGUCAAUAUGAACAGUUUGACCGCUGUCAUGUCGGCACUGUAAAUAGAACGCUGCAGCUAGGUUAGCUUAGCAUAAAGACUGGAAACGGGGAGAACAGCUAGCCUGACUCUGUCCUGUAACAAAAUCCACUUGCCAGCAACCCCUAAAGCUCACUAGUUAAAACUUUAUACAUCACAUGUUUAACCUAUACGACAACUGAAGUUUAAAAACUGCAGGUUGUGGUUUUAUUAGGCUUAUGUUCUGGACUUUUUAUUUGCCUGGAACAGUAUCGAGAAGAUUCCAGGAAACACCCGGCCACUAAAACAGUCCCACUCAUGACCCCCAUGGGAAACUGCAACGUAUCGUUUUUACACUGAGGUUACGGAUCGAAUAAUCAAGAUAUAACAGUUGGCUGUUUCUAGCCGAGAAAAGGAUUCCCCAAAUGUCUAUUGCUUAAAGCUGUUGAAGAUCACACAGCACAUGUGACAGACUUGAUUUAUAACUGCUCGAUAUGAGAAAUGACCUAAUGUUCAAAAAGUUUUUUUCCAGGCAGGUUGCUCUGGAGCGUACAUGCUCUUUUGCCCGUUACCCUGCUAACAGUGGCUCUUCGCGGUAACAUUUCUGGACCUAGCAAUCUGAACCUUGUCCUGGAGUGAAACAUUUUUGCAGCCUGUUGUUGUGCUACUGUACGUUGCCUCUAAUCCAUUGCUCUCACCUCUUGCAGGAGGUCAGGGGCCAAUCGGAGGAGAGCGUAAAGGAGGUGAGCAGCUGCCCUUCCCACGAGGCCCCCAUUCGGGCGCAAAGCAGGGCAGGGCAGGGCGGCGGCCCGGGGCUUUAUAAGGUAGUGAAGACCGGCCCCUCUGGUCACAACAUCAGAAGCUGCCCAAACCUUAGGGGUAUCCCCAUUGGAAUGUUAGUUCUUGGCAACAAGGUCAAGGCCAUAGGCGAGGUGGUCAACUCAGAGGGGAACUGGGUUCAGCUGGAUAAGAACAGUGUAGUGGAGUUCUGUGAGAGCGAUGAAGGAGAGGCCUGGUCAUUGGCCAGAGACCGCGGUGGAAAUCAGUACCUUCGCCACGAUGACGAACAAGCACUGCUUGAGCACGUGGCCCAGACCCCUCCGCCCAGCCCUUUCUCUGUGCAGGCCUUCAACAGAGCCGCAGCCUCAAACGGAGCGCAGGGCUUUGACUACGGCAUCUCCAACAACAAAGGUGACCGGUUGAGUGCCAUACUGAAUUCCGUUCAGUCUGGGCCCUUCCUCUCAGCAGCUCCCUCCUCCUCCGUAUUUGAGCAAGCCGCCCAACCUCCCUCCUCUUCCUCCUCCUCCCUUGUCCACAGCCCAUUUGUGUUUGGACAAUCCCCCUCCCAACUGUCUCAGCCACAACCACAGCUUCCGAGUAAGUCUGUCCUGCUUUCUGACAGCGCUUGCUUGCACAGGUGUUGAUCCUUUUCCUCGCAGCUUUUAGUUUUUUUUUCUGAUUUUGUUCUGUAUUCAUCCUCUUUCAUGUAUUUUUCUGGAAAGGGCAGCAACGACGUGCGACACAUAACACUGCAGUUAUGUUUCUAGAGUGCCGAAAUAUCCCCGACAAGCCGACAUGUCUAGUAUUGAAUGUUUAAAUCUUGUUUAUAAAAAUCAAAUUGGGUGACACUGCCUUCAAAGAAUAUGCACUGACAGGUAUUUUCACUUGUUUUUGAAAACAAGAUAUCAAACUUAAAUACUCGACCAAACGUCUUGUUGAAAGGGAUAUUGUUGUCGUGUGCUGAAGUAACAGGCUGAGCUGCUUAUUUCUCUGCUUGUCUGCUUGUUCUGCUAGUCAGCUUUUUUUAUUCUUUUUCUCAUCACGCUGCUUUAAUUUCAGAUCUGCAUUUUUCAUCCUUGAUUAACAACUUGUUUCAUUUUCUACCUCAACCAGCCCAGGACUUCAGUGCAACUGUGAACAACUUUAGUCUAAAUAGUUGAUAGUUUAGAGUCGACUCAAUCUCCCUAAAACAGCAAAAAUUCAGUCCCAGUCAUUAAGUAGUAUUACAUAUAGCACAUACUAAUAGCUUAUACUGGAUAAUUCAAAUACAAAAUACCACAAUUUAGUAUUACGAUUAUCUUAAAACACUUUUUUUUUUCAGCCCGUGUAGCUCUCUUUCUCCCUGCCGGUCUUUUCUUGUGUAUUUCUACUUUUUCUCUACUUGUGAUCAUUUUUUCACCUUUUUUCCUUACGGAGCCUGGGGAGGUGUCUUGGGAAGGAAAAAAACCUCAUCUGUGUGCAUAAAUUAAUAUGUGCUCAAUUUAGCAUACAGUUAACUUAUCGCCUUAAUGCCAUCAGUCUUGUCCUACAUGUCCCCUUCACACUCACCCUAGAUCACUUUAAUGGAUUUAAUAUGGGAUGUUACGAACAACGUCCUGUUAAACCUUUUUUACAUAAUAAAGGGCUGUUUCUCCCUAAAAACUUUGAGACUGAGGAUGUUCAUUAACAACAUGCGACAUGCUAAAGGUGUAUGCCGCCCUCUAAAAGAGUGAAAGAGUCAAAAUGUAUAUAAAAUUAAAUGGAAAGCACAUAUUACUAAAUUGUGUGCACAUCAUACUUUUAUUUCCAUGACUCUUGGUUCUGUAACUUCUCUUUUUUUCUCUUCUAUAAGUGUUUCUCUCCAUGUUUCUCUACCUAUCUGUUGAUCUUCCCGUCACUUUAACUUCUUGUCCUUUUUUCCUCUUUCUAUUUCCCCCUCUUGACUUGACCCCAUUGUCUCUUUAUGUCUCUGUGUCUGUCUCUCUCUGUCUCUCUCUCUGUCUCUGUGUCUCUCUGUCUCUGUGUCU